UACCACCUUUUAGCCGCAUGGUGGUUCUUGAGCACGAAGGCUAUGUGGCGAGGGUAGAAAGCGACACGGCUACAUCUGCACAUCGCUUUGAUUCAUGGAAACGUCAUUCCGCUUGCCUCUACAAAUUCAUAGGGGAACGCAUCACCCCUCGACUCCAUGAACAACAUCACUCUUUGAACAUGGCGACACAAGAAGCGAAAGCCUGGGUCUACACCGGAGGCUACAACACUCUCAAACGCGGCACCAUCCACCCACCGUCUGCCUCCGCCUUCAAGGAUGAAGGUGACGGCCCACCCCACAUGUUGGUCAAGAUUCACGCCUGCGCCCUCAACCCCGUCGAUGUCCAGAUCAUGAACCUCCCAUCCUGGAAGCAACCAUGGAAUGCUCUGUACGGCAAAGAAAAAGGCACAGUCAACGACUACAGCGGUACCGUUAUUGCCCCCGGCCGGACGGGGUUCAAAGAGGGCGACGAGGUGUUUGGGCUCACAUUGAAGCCCUACGCUCCGAAUGGAGGGGCGCUGGCGGAAGUAGCAGACUUGAAUACUGAAACCAGUCUGGCUGCGUUGAAGCCCAAAGGGUGGAGUCAUGAGAAGGCGUCCGCAAUCAGUUUGGUCUGGCUCACAGCCAAGGCAAGCAUUGACUCCGUCGCACCGUUUGUCGAGGCCAGUCAGAACAAGAAGGUCGCUGUCCUGGGAGGCAGCAGCUCGACAGGCCUCUACACCAUCAUUCUCGCCAAGCGAAAAGGGUGGAAGGUGGUUGCCACUUCGUCAGGGAAGAACAAGGACUUUGUCCUAUCCACAUUGGGCGCCGACGAGCACGUCGACUACACCUCACAAGAUGUGCGAGAGGGUGUGGCCAAGUUCCAGCCGGAUGCGGUAAUUGACUGCGUCGGCGGGACCGAGUGCAUUGGCCUUCCGUCCAGCAAGCGAUACAUCUCGAUCGUUGGCGACAAGGUCGGGCGAGAGUCGAUGGGUGGACCAUACACCUAUUACGAUUACUGGCAUCCCAUUCGCGCCGGCCUGCAAUGGUUCCGAUGGGCAAAGGGGCAGUAUGGCUUGGGCGAGAGCUAUGACGUUACAGUCCUGAGCAAGAAGAAAGAGUGGUUGGAGGAUGCGAAGAACACACUGGGACCGGACGAUAUCUACAUUGACAGCGUGCACGAGUUUGACAAAGCCAAUGAGGCGUUUGAGAGGUUGAAUACCGGCCGGGCCAAGGGCAAGGUGGUGGUCAAGGUAUCUUCGAAGCUUUGAUUUAGCAACAUGUAGACAGCUCUUCGUCGUGUAUGAAUAUACAUGUAUCCGUGUUCAACAGGUCUCAUG